AUGGAGAAGCAGGAGAGCUACGAGCACCACGAUGUCCUUGAGACAUCCGAGGACUCGUCCGUCAUGGAUACCUUACCCCUCACUCCAGAGGAGCUGGAGCGAGAGAAGAAGCUCGUCCGCAAGAUUGACCUGUACAUUCUGCCAUGCAUGUGGCUCAUGUACCUGCUGUCCUACAUGGACCGAACCAACAUCGGAAACGCCAAGAUUGCCGGCAUGGACAAGGACCUCAACCUCGACUCCAACAAGUACUCGGUCGCCCUGACCGUCUUCUUCGUCAGCUACGUCGUCUUCGAGGUGCCCUCCAACAUGAUCCUCACCCGCACCCGGCCCAGCCGCUACCUCGCCACCAUCAUGUUCCUCUGGGGCGCCGUCACCAUCGGCAUGGCCUUCACCCCGUCCUACGGCGGCCUCGUCGCCUUCCGCUUCGUCAUGGGCCUGCUCGAGUCCGGCUUCGCCCCCGGCAUGCUCAUGAUCCUGUCCUCGUGGUACCGCCGCGAGGAGCAGAGCCGCCGCUUCGCCGUCUACAUCUCCGCCGCCAUCCUCUCCGGCGCCUUUGGCGGCCUGCUCGCCGGCUCCAUCACCACCGGCCUGCACGACGUCCACGGCAUCCAGGGCUGGCGCUGGCUGUUCAUCGUCGAGGGCGCGGGGACCAUGGUGGUGGCGAUGCUGGCGUGGUUUAUCCUGCCGGACUUUCCGAGCAACACGUCGGCGCGCAAGUUGAGCAAGGAGGAGAGGAGCCUGGCGAUCCGCAGGUUGCAGGUGGACGCAAGAAGUCACCCGACGGAGGAGCAGCCGAACCUCACCCACCUGCAGGCGCUGAAGCUGAGCGUGGUCAACUGGAGGACCUGGUUGCUGGUGGUUGGCUAUAUGGCCAUUGUCGGAUCCUCUACCCUGUCCUAUUUCUAUCCGACCCUCGUCAACGGCCUCGGCUACCAGGCCAAGGACGCGCAGUACAUGACCAUCCCCAUCUUCGGCGUCGCCUUCGUCACCACCGCCGUCGUCGGCUACGUCGCCGACAAGAACUCGCGGUGGCGCGGCGUCAUGCUCGCUGCCAUGAUGUCCGUCGCCAUGCUCUGCUCCAUCAUCAUCUGCGCCGUCUACAACGUCAAGGCCCGCUACGCCCUCCUUGUCAUCAUGGCCUCUGGCCUGUGGGCGUCCAACGGCCUCGCGCUCUCCUACGCCUCCGUCACCUUUGCGUCCAUGGCCAACGAGACCAAGGCCGUGAGCCUGGCGCUCGUCAACGCCAUGGGCAACCUGGCCCAGAUCUACGGCGCAUACCUGUUCCCCUCCAAGGACGCGCCCAAGUACCUGACGGGCUUCGGCGUCAUCAGCGGCAUGUGCCUGACGGGCGUGGUUGCGUAUCUGUCGCUGCACGUCGCAAUCGCAGCCGUGAUAGUACACAUCCCGGCACGCGAGGCCGUCAAAGCCCGAUGCACCAAGACAAGGUUUGCGCGCUCCGAGCUUGACUUUGACAACAAGGUCUGGGUCACCUACGUUGUCGGCGUGAGCUUGGCCGAGGCGGCCAUGCAGCGACAUGUCCCCAAGCACGCCGAUCCUCGCAUCGCCCGCAUCCCCAAGGUCUUCGACGACUUCGUCUCACCGCGCGACUCCAACGGCGAGCCCAUCACCUACAUAGUCAUGGAGAACAUCAAGGGCGACGACUACGUCGACUACAAAAUAAAGAACCCCGAUACCGCCAAGCAGGCCCUCCAGGCCAUCGCGACUGCCGUGCGCCACGUCUGGGAGCUCCCGCUGCCGCCGGAUGCGCCUGUCGGCCCGGUGCUGCUGCAUCCGCCCGAGGACACCUUCUUCUCCGAGUUUGGCACCGGCACGGGCAGGCCCUUCAAGGACGUGGCCAGCUGGGCAAAUGGCGUUCUGGAGAAGAGCCGCCGCCACGCGGCCCGUGUCUCGCUGCAAGGGGGGCCUCUGCACAUCUGCCACUGCAACCUCGGGGAUUUCCGCAACAAGCUAGGCGAGCCGGUCGCGAUUCUCGAUUGGAGUUUCGCUGGCGUCUAUCCUCGUGUGCUGGAGGAAUAUCCCCUGGCCCACCAAUUCGGCCUCCCAGGGGCAAAGUUCGCCAAAACCCUCCACAAGGAACUUUUCGGUCCCGAAUUUACUGAGCAAAUGCGCCCGAUUUCGAUGGCGGCAAGGUAUCAUGCGCCUGGCUGCUGA